AGUCAAUCUUGCAGGAUAUCGUUGCUUUCAGGUGAUGAGAUUCGCACUGGAUGAGAUCAACAAUAGUAGCUCACUUCUGCCAAACAUUACCUUGGGAUACAGUGUUUUUGACACUUGUUACAUGUAUAACACCAUCCAGCCGGCUUUGACAUUCAUGUCACAGAAUUCUGUCAUUUAUACCGAAAAUAGCUAUAUAAAUUACAUUCCCAACGUGAUCUCUGUGAUUGGCCCAGAUAACAGUGAUGCUGUGGAGACAACCGCGGACUUCUUCAGUCUGAUGCUUCUUCCUCAGAUCAACAUAUUUGCUACAUGUAGAAGGAAGAGCCUGCCUUCCUUUUUCCAGACUGUCCCUAGCAGGAUUGUGCAGCAGCAAGCAAUUCUAGACAUUAUCAGCUAUUUUAAUUGGACUUGGAUUGCGGUCCUGGGAAGCUCUGAUGAAUACGGGAUCCAAGGGGUGCACCAUUUCCUAAACUUCAUAACAGAUAAGAAUAUCUGUGUUGCAUAUAAGAGCUUCUUACCAAAUAAAGCAUUGGAUACGGACACAGAAUGGAAAGACACCAUACAUCACAUUGUUACAAACAUAACCCUUACUAAUGUCAAUGUCAUCCUGGUAUUUUCUACAGACACUUUCCUUCUUAAUUUCUUUAAAGACGCAGUAGAUCUGAAUCUGCCAUCUAAAAUCUGGCUUGCCACUGAAACGUGGUCAUUGUCUCAGGACAUUUACGAUUUACCAAAUAUUGAGCAGUUAGGGGUAGUAUUUGGCAUUGCUCUACACUAUGUGAAGAUCCCAAACUUUGAUGAAUAUCUGAUGAAUGUGUAUUAUCAAAAUAGAAGCAAUUCUGGGAAGUCAGGACUAGAAACCAACUGCAACCAGAACUGUGAUGACUGUCUUAAUUCAUCUCUGAUCGACUUUCUUGGCUAUUCUGAGACAAGAGUCAGUUUCAGCACCUACGCAGCAGUGUACGCUGUGGCACAUGCUCUACAUAAUGUGCUUGGUUGUGAUGAAACAUUAAAUUGCAACAAAACAGACAUCUAUCCAUGGCAAAUCACAGAAGCUCUCAGGGAAGUGAAUUUUUCAUUUCUGAACAAUAACAUAAACUUUGAUCAGAAUGGCGAUUCUCCUGCUAAAUAUGACAUUGUCUACUGGAAAUGGUCGGGUGGGACGCCAAUUGAGAAUGUUGGGUCUUACAAUGGAUUAGGAAACCUUGACAUCAACCCAGGCAAAAUUGAUUGGAAAACAACAAAUAAUGUGGUUCCUUCAUCUGUGUGCUCUGCUGAAUGUUUACCAGGGCAAGAAAAGCAGCAAAACGGACAGUACAAAUGCUGUUUCAUCUGCGUCAAUUGUGCUGCAGGGACCUACCUCAACGAGAAUGGCACCUGUGAGAACUGCAGCACAGAGCAAUGGUCCACAGAGGGAAGUACCUCCUGCUUUAAUAAAGCCAAACGCUUUUUGACUUGGAAGGAUAGUAUGACCAUACCUUUAUUUGUGGUCACAAUCUUGGGGAUGCUGCUAAACAUUGGGGUCAUGGUGACUUUUACUGUACACUUAUCAAGCCCUGUGGUAAAAGCUGCAGGUGGAAGAAUGUGUUUCCUUAUGCUGAUAUCACUGACUGUGGCCUAUAUCAGCAUAUUGGCCUACCUGGGAGAACCAAAUAUAAUAAAAUGUAUAGUAAGGCUUCCUAUAUACAGUAUCGCACUCACAAUCUGCUUUGCAUAUAUUUCAAUACGUUCCUUUCAGAUAGUCUGUAUAUUUAAGAUGUCUUCAAAGCUGCCAGCCACCUACGAUUACUGGGUGAAGCAGAAUGGGCAGUAUAUAUGUCUAGCAAUCAUUUCUGGUGUUCAGGUCCUUAUCUCUUGUGUCUGGAUCAUCAUUAACCCUCCUACAGCUACCACCAAAGAGCUGAGUUCAGAAGAAGUCCUUAUGGAGUGCAGCCAGUUUGGAUCAGUCUAUAAUAUCUUACAGUAUAGUUACAAUGCCCUUCUCAGUCUUCUCUGUUUUACAUUUGCAUACAUGGGCAAAGAGCUGCCCAAAAACUACAGUGAAGCUAAGUGCAUCACAUUUUCUAUGUUGAUUUAUUUUGCUGUCUGCAUCUCCUUCUUUACGGCUCAACUCAUUGACAUAGGGGAAUAUGUCACUCCAGUCUAUGCAGGUCUGGCUCUGCUCAGCCUUAUGGGAGUCACAGCAGGUUAUUUCUUCCCAAAAUGCUACAUCAUUUUUUGCCGUCCUCAGUUUAACACCACAAAGCACUUCCAAACAACAAUCCAGUCCUACACCAAGAGAGGAAGUGGGAGCACAAGGUAAUUCCAAGACAGUCACACUGUGGUGGCUAUAUUCCAUUUCUACACAAUUAUUUGUUGCCUAUGCUUAAAAAUGUAGGAAUAUUGGAAUAAAAAUGUGGGUAUUUUCAGAAGAUAAAAAGUUUGUGUAGUUGUGAUCUCUGUGAUAAA